UCUUUAAGCUCCCAGUCUCUUGGACAACCAGUAGCACAGCCAACAAUGUCUCAGCCUGCAACUUUACAGCUCCAGUCUGGCAUGCCCCAGCCUGUGUUUCAGUUUUCAGCUCAAUUAGGAGCUAUGCAGCAUCUAAAGGACCAGCUAGAGCAAAGGACACGCAUGAUAGAGGCAAAUAUUCAUCGGCAGCAGGAAGAGUUGCGUAAGAUUCAAGAGCAGCUUCAAAUUGUCCACGGUCAAGGACUGCAGAUGUUCUUGCAGCAGUCAACUUCUGGACUCAACUUUGGUUCUGUGCAGCUUGCUUCUGGAAAUUCUUCAAAUGUUCAGCAGCUUACACCAGUAAACAUGCAAGGUCAAGUUGUUCAGACUAAUCAGACUCAAAGUGGGAUGAACACAGGCCAUAUAAGUACUUCACACAUGAUACAGCAACAGCCUUUGCAGAGUACUGCAACACAGCAUAAUCAACAAAAUGUACUUAGUGGACACAAUCAACAGUCUUCUCUUGCCAGUCAGUCACAGAACACAGUCUCGGCACCUUUGUACAACACUAUGGUGAUUUCUCAGCCAGCAACAGGAAAUGUGGUCCAGGUUCCUUCCAGCUUACCACAGAACAAUAACCAGAAUGCUGCUGCAGUAACCACUUUGACACAGGAUAGACAAAUCAGAUUUUCUCAAGGUCAGCAACUUGUAACAAAACUUGUCACGGCCCCAGUAGCAUGUGGAGCAGUAAUGGUACCAAGUACUAUGUUUAUGGGCCAGGUGGUGACAGCUUAUCCCACCUUCGCUGCCCAACAGCAGCAGCCACAGACUUUGUCAGUAACGCAACAACAGCAGCAGCAGCAAAGUCAGCCAGACCAUCAGCAGCAGCUCACCACAGUUCAGCAACCAGCUCAGCCGCAGCUGACUCAGCACCCCCAACAGUUCCUACAGACAUCCAGGUUACUUCAUGGAAAUCAGUCAGCUCAGCUUAUCCUCUCUGCUGCUUUUCCACUACAACAAAGCACUUUUACUCAGUCCCACCACCAGCAGCAUCAGUCGCAGCAGCAGCAGCAGCAACUUUCGCGACACAGAACUGACAAGAUGACUGAUCCUUCCAAAGUUCAGCCGCAAUAGUCUGAAGCUCUGCCUCUUUUUGAAGUAAAGUACCAGGAGGGGGCUGCUCCACAAACAGUUGCACUGAGGCUACAGGGGUAGCAGUACGGAGGCUUUCUAACACCACAGUGUUGAGAUCUACUUCUAACUUCUGGAAUCUGUUAAGAAAAGCCACAAGAUGAUGACGGGGACAUGGCCAACUUUGAUGGUUGCCCCAGUUUCUGUGUUCUGAAGGAUUUGCUGCCACGUGUUAAUUAGUCCAGGUGAAAUCUCAAAAUGUGACUGAAAUGAGAGGGAUGCUGAAAAUAUUGAUAUUUUUAUCAGUCCUGUACAUUUUUAAAGUAUUAAAAUGGACAUGGAGCAAUUGUUUGAAUUAGCAAAAAAAAAAAAUGUCAGGAAUAUAGUCCAAAAACCAUCUAAUUUUUUUCAGAUGAUUACGGGACAGUAAAUAUUUUGAAAAUGUUGUGUGAAAUCCAGUUUUCUGUUGUACAGAUGCUGUAAAAUAUUGUGUAUAUGUCUGCAUAAAAGGAGAAAGAGCAAAAUAUUUUAUAUGAUGCAUGAAAAUGUAAUCUGUUAUUUGUAGGUUUGAAUAUGUUUCCCUAAAUUCUCAUGCCAUACUCAGACUAAUGUUUUCCUCUGUUCUACCCUUUUGUUUACAACAUGAUGCGUCAUUAUUUUCACCCUUAAUGUGGGCACAAGUCUCUUGUUUGUGCUUUGUCUGUGAUGUCAGGGUUUGUUCGGUGAGGUAUAGUGUGUUGGUUAGUUGACUUCUUGAGGUUAAAUUAUUGAUGAAGCUGUUUGAACUGGUGAUCAUGCAUCAGGGUUCAGGACAUUCAGAUUCAUGAGUAUCAUCUAUCAUUUCAUAAUUAAUUCAUUGUUUUAUUUGAAAAACAGGAAUUUGCACUGCUUUCUUGUGGAUGGUUUGGAAUUUUAUUCCCCAAAGCUAUCUUUUGAUAUAGUUCAUAGUUGGAAAUAUUUAUGUAAAAGGUUUAAAA